AUCCUGCUGCAGAGAAACCUCGUGGAAGCGCACGUGGGGAGCUCAGCGCUGGGACUAGGGGAUGUUUGAUCCCUCUCUUAAGCUUUAGAAUCCUUCUGUGGGAGGAGGCUGGGGAAGGUGAGAACACCCACGGAGAUGAAUGAGCACCUCGUGCCUCUCAGCUGUUCCCUGGGGAGAGGAGAGGUGGGCGAGAACACCCGCAGAGAUGAAUAACCAUCCCCAAGCUGAGAUCUCCUCUGUUUUUCUUGGGAACAGGUCCUUUAGAGGAGGAGACAGCUUUACAAGCACUAAUGAUACUUUCUUUAUAAACAUGCACCUCCACCUGCUCUGUCAUUCAUAUGCAUAUCUGGCUUGCUUUGAAAGUUGGUAAUUACAGAACCGCAGAAUAAUCAGGGCUCUGUUUAACAACGGCACUUUCUCAGGCACAGCCUGGCCCGAUGGCUGCCUUGCUUCCGUGCUGCUUUGCCUCCAAUCGUCUUUGCCUUUUCCCCACCCUCCAGCCCCUGUGCUGCAUUUGGGAUUCAUCAGACCCUUUUGUUCAGGUCUUCUAGGUUUGCUGAAUUGUCAGAAAGUCAUCUUUGUGAGGUCUGGUCAGCGCUGGGAGUAACUGGGGUGGGUCAUGAAGGAGCAAGAGUAGUUGGUGGCAGUGAGGUAACAUCGUGUUGGCUAACCAACAGCUUUGGUCCAUCUGUGCUGAGGAAAGUGUGUUCCUGUGCUUCCUCUCUCGCCCCAAUGCCAACCAACUGCUGUGUUUUCUUGUUGGAUCAGUUUUUGCCUGGAUGUUGACUUGUCCUGUUCUUGCACAACAGUUAGUGUUGGUACAAGGACUGGGGGUGUAUAAGAAGAGGAAACAGCAAGAUGAUCCUGCUCAGAAGAAGCGUGGGUUUGGGGUAGUUUCUACUGGUGGUGAAGCCAAACUGUCAGUUGCAUCCAUGUGAUCAGAGGUGCAGUUAAUUAGAUUACUGACAUGGCCCUCAAUUUCAUGAAGCUGUCCUGACUCGUUUAAGCGUCCUCUUUCUCAUCAUCUCUCCACAGUUACAUGAUCUUAAUUCAGUAGGAAAAAGCCUAGCUGGUGUUGAUACCUACUGAAACUCUGCCUUUGGGCAGGACAGACUUAUUUUGGGGCUGGAGAGCUGAGGGUUCCCUGUUUGCUGGGCUGUGCAGUCACAUCAUGCUGUGCUGUUGUUGAUACAAAGGCGGCCGGCGUUCGGGCUCUCCAGGGGACAGCUUCUCUAUGUGAGUGCCUAAGUCUCAUUUCCUUCUGUUAGAUAUUGUGAAUUUUGAGUUUAUAGCAAACAAAAGCCACUUUCACCUAUUGCCAUCAAACAUCUAGAGUAUUCCACUGAGGGAAGCAGUUUUUUGUGUUCAGCAUGGCUGAAAUGGGUUUGGAACCCGAGUGAAAUGCCCCUGCACCUGUACUGCCUGAAUAACAGCAGUGCCUCUGUGCUGAGCAUCCUGGGGGAUGGGGAGAUGGGGAGAAAUGCCUCCAGCUCCCGGAGGGGCAGUGCUUCUAAUUUGUUGCAUUGCUUGGGGAGUACUUUGUUUCUCCAUCUUCUUUUUUUGGAUAAAGAAUAACUGGAGAAAGAGGAGAGAACACUUCAGGAGACAAUUUUCUAUUUGCAAUCUUGUGUUAUUGCAGUAGUGCCAGCAAACCAACGCUGUAAAGAGAUUGUUUUAUGUUUUGGCUCAUUUCAAUUUAUUUUACCAAUUGUCAAAUGAUGAGAAAAAUUCUGUUAUACAACGAACGCUUGGAAAGUGUUUUAUAAGCACAGUGUGGAGGAACUGGUUGACUGUCUUCAGAGGUAGGUUACGUUUUGGAUACAGAUUCAGGUGUUACAGAGUAUGUUGUGCCACUGACUUUUUUUAAUGGGAAUUCUCGAAGUAAAAGAUUUGGAAAAUAAGCAGAGAGAGUUAACAUCUUCUAACAAGGGUUAGAAAGGGAGCUGGCAGUAAAAGAGACACUUGAAAAAUGUUUAAUUUCAAAUAGUGGAUUCUUUUAAUUUAUUGAUGGAAGUAUUUUUCUUAUCUGCUAUCCUAAGAAGGAAGAGCAAACCCAGUACCAUAACUCUGCUGCAGUCCUUAAAGGCAGAAUACUCAUCUGCUUCUCACACUGCUCUCUGCAACCAACGGAGCCCUUCGGUGUCCCCAAAGCCUGCAGCCCCUGUGCUGCUGAACAUGGCACAGAGCCUUCUUUAUGUAGGGAGCUUGAACAGAGUUGGUCCUGUGCUUCAUUCCAGCUAUUCUAGUUGAGAGAAGUGACGUUCCGGGUACUAGCACAGAAAUAAUGCUUGUGUUUCUAAGUGCUAUGUCAUAGACUUUGUAUGUGUUUGCUCUAAGCAGGAUUGGGUGAUGAUGAAGAUGUGCUGAUACACUCUCCUACAGCUCUGUUUAUACUGUUGAAGCUAUUGCAGGGAAACGAGUGAGUUUUAUAUACUGUCAUUAAAAGCAGAGUUCUCCAUAUUGGCAAUAGGAGUUUACCUUUUCUGGAAUAGUUUGAAAGCUGUAGAUGGGCUUCCAGUGUUGUUCAAAGGCCCUGAUUCCAGGUGUGUUUCAGCAGCUUUAAGCUAGAAAAGUGCUGUAUUUGGGUGAAGAGAGGCACUGUUUCUGCCUAACCAAGAGUCACAGGAAUAUCACAGGAAUUAUGUGUAACUUCCUAAGUUUCUGCUGUGUCUGUAUUGUCUUUAAUAAGAUUUCUAUUUCAUCUCCCAGCAGAAAAGAGCAAAGAAUAUCAAGCUUGACAGGAUGCUAAGUGGCAGCUUCACUGACAGAUAGAGCUGUGAGCCAAACCAGACCUCACACUCACCUCGCUGGUGCUGAGCCAGGUCAGCUCUGCGUGCACUCAGAAUUGUGAAAAUGAUGCACCCUGUUGCCAGCAGUAAUGCAGCAUUCUGUGGGACGGGCAAGAGCUCUUGCCUUAACGAAGACAGCGUGAGAGCUGCUGACCAGUUUGACUUGUAUGCCACGCAGCAAAGUAAAUACAGCCACGCAGUGAGCCACAAACCCAUCGCGUGCCAGAGACAAGAUGCGCUGAAUGAGUCCCACCUGCAGACCACAAGCAGCAGGAAUAUAGAAACAAAAGAUGAACUGAAGAAAAAGAAAAACCUCAACCGAUCUGGUAAACGUGGGAGGCCAUCAGGGACCACAAAAUCAGCAGGGUACCGAACCAGCACGGGUCGACCCCUGGGGACCACCAAAGCAGCUGGAUUUAAGACAAGUCCAGGCAGACCCUUGGGCACAACUAAAGCAGCAGGAUACAAAGUCAGCCCAGGCAGACCUCCAGGUAGCAUUAAAGCUCAAUCCCGGUUUGCAAAUCUAAGUUAUACUUGUGGCAGUGCAGCUUUUCCUUAUCCUAUGGUGCAUAACAGAGGAGUACAUGCUGCUGGUGAAACUAGCAGCAAACUCAAGCAGCCUAACGAAUGAAAGGAAGGAAUUAGUAACUGCUUACUAAUCUGCUUUACUCUGGAUUUUGGCAUGUUUCUUGCAUUUUAUUGUAGCAUUUGCAUACGUUUGAAUUCUAGAUUUUAUUUUUACUCAAAUAAUGCCAUAGUCUACGGGUGCAGUUCAGUAACUUUUAAAGCAGUGUCGAGAGGGCACUGGUAUAAAGUCUUUUUUGUUGUUGUUGUUUUUAAAUCAUAAUUUAAAAGAAAGUCUGAACUGAAGCAUAGGCCGUGGUGUCUACACCUGAGUAAUAUUCAUGUUCCUAGUUUUACGUUCAGUUUUGGGUAAAUCUAGUUUUGUGGUUAUGCAUUAAGUAAUUGAACGAAGGAGGACAGAAUUAGCUGGCUGUUGGCUCAUGAUGGGGCCUAUCUCACCAUAGGGAACUGGUGCAGAUGAGUUCAUACUUGAUAAAGAAAAAGAAACUAUUUGGAACUGUUUAACUUAGUUAAAACAGCAACAUUCUGAGCUCCUGUGUGUUUCUAAAAGGAAUAGAAAUCAAGCUACGUUCUUCACUUCUGCAGGAGCUUCUACAGACCUCAGGCAGAUCCAUAGAAACUUAACAAACAAACCAAAAAAAAAAACAAAAACAAAACACCAACCUUUUUUUUUCAGUGUUGAUUUCUGGAGUUGUAGCAUUAAGUCAAUUUCAAUUAAUGUUCCAAAAAUAUUUUUGAGAAUAUACCAGAAAGCUGAGCGUUGGUGCAGCGCACUGCAGCGUCACGGCGCCUUAUUAACACGAGCUGAUUUGCCUUUAGGUGAUAGCUGCUCUUUUUGUUACGCUGGCACAGGAUUCUGCUAUGUAAUUUAGAAAUGCCUAAAUAUAUUUACCAAACCACAGAUAAUUCUUUACAUUUUGAAAUAUUUUAUAAGAAAUUAAGUACUGUUCAUUCUUGUAACGUACUUGGUUAAUAUUAAACAGUACGUCCUUAAUCUGUAAAUAGCUAUUUACACUGGUUUUUGCCUUUAAAAAUCUGUGCUUAGGUGGCGACAGUUUAAUAGCUUUUAAAGUAUUAAUCUAUAAUGUUUACAAAUUAAACUUUUUAAAUAGACACUGCUGCCAAGUUUUCAGGCUUCGUUUUGCCAGAUAUUCCUGGAAAUACAGUUAUUGCAUUGUUGGACACUUACGCUAUAUUUAAGUUACGGAACGUUCUCUAUCUACCAAAGGACACCAUUUUCAUGAUUUAUAAAAGCAAACUGUAUAGCUGAUGCAAACAGGAUGCAGUUUACUGCACUGCUAGACCCCAGAGAUGAAGUAAUUCAUAGGAAUUCAUCUAUGCAUGCAAGCUGAAAAAAAAUGUUGUUGGUUGACUAUAAAUACCUUUCUUGACUCAAACUUAAGCCUUCCCUCUUUCCAAAAGAAAUGUUCCAUUUUUCAGCUGGGUGUGUUUAAUUUAAGUGUGAGAGAGCGUAUGUAUGUGUGUAAUGUGCACAUACUUUAAUCUAGACUUCAAAAAAAAAAAAAAAUCAAUCCUCAAUGUUGCAUAUUGUUUGUUCUAAAUUUAUUUUUACUGGAAUCUGAGCUUUUUUUUUUUCCACCUGGAAGAAAGUUUCUAUUUAAGCAGUUUGAAGCAAAAUGUGACUUUAUGAUAAAUUUGUAGGUUUGUGCAUCCGGGGAGGGGGUGGAUAUAUAAAGCUUGGCGAUCUGGGGAGUAAAAGAAAUUGGGUUAAUUAGUGCUUUUGCUGGACUGAUAACUUUUGUUAACAUAAAUGCUAUUCUGGCCUGCUGACAUUUUGAUGAGAGCUCUUGAUUUCAGUGAUGACAACUUAAGAAACAGAUGUCAUGUUUCAUACCUUUUUUAUCAGGAAAAAAGCAGCAAGCCUUCAGGUGUUCCAGUGAUGCCUAACACAUAAUGAGCUGGACUUUAUGCUGUACUUUACAAUAGGUGUGUUGAAUUGUUUUUGGGGAACUGUGUAUGCACUGGCAACUAAGACAAUGAACCUCAACUGUACUGGAUGGCUCCUUAGUCGAUGUAUGAAUUAACGGCAGCUAAACUGCUACUAAAAAUAGUUUCUUCAUGCUGAAGCUAUGAAAUCCAGUGAUACUUUCUGUUCCUCAGCAAACUCACAAGUCUGAAAUUUAGCGAUUUCUCAGAACGAUGUAACUUCUGACACAUGCAAAAUGCUAACGUGAGUUAAUUCACCCUCAGGAUCUGUGUUGUAUUGGCUGUUUUUAAUCAGAUGAUUUUUCAACAAAAGACUGCUUUAAGUUCUUACCUGAACUCAGCUGGGAAAGCAGUCCUCUUCAGCUGAAUGUAAUACCUGCAGGAGCGUCACACCUCGCUGGCAAGGAACGUGUUGCAUGUCACCACUGUACCUUGGAGAAACUCCACUUACCUCCUCUGUUUAUCUGGUUUGCUCCUGUUCCAUUUCUCACUCGUGCAUCUGCUCGAUGGUGCUGUGCUGUGUGUCAGGAGAUGAUGCAGCUGUAUCACUGUUCUGCUAGUAUAAUGAAUUUUAAAUGAGUAUGCUGAUGAAAUAAUGAAAUCAUCUAAGCAAUUUCUGUUCAUUACACUGUUUAUUAAUUAUAUCAAAUGAAACAUAAUCCCAGAAGAAAAAAAAAGAAAAAACAAACAACAAUUAAUGUUGUCAAUUGUGAAAUGAGGAGCAUAAAGUAGAAAAGUGUUUGGAGAGUCUGUAAAGAGCUGCGUGGCACCUGGGAUGUAGCAAGGAGACCAGCAGAGUCCUGCUGGGCAUUUCCUCAUUCUACUUUAUUUAGAUCUGACUGUAGUCUACUGGCGCCAUGCCGUGAGAGGAAGAAAAAGGAAGGAAGACAUUUGAAGUGAAAGAGGAAUGGAAUUUUCAAAUACUUCUGCUUUGCCUAUGUAUAGUCUGCAGAAUACAUUGUGCUUUAAAAAAAACCCAAACAACCAAACAACACUUUUCUUUCCACGUAAACACUGAAGCAGCAUGUUAAUGCCUAAACUUUACUAGUACCAGUGGGAAAACUGGACUUUUCCCCCUGUAGUAUGAAAACAUAACUUGUAAGGUAAAUUGCUUAUUUUAUAUUCUAUAUCAUAAUUCAGCUAUUCAUAAGCUAGGAUCACUGUUGUGUGUUAACACUGUUCAGAAGAUCUACAAGUUUGCUUUUUAAUGAUUUCUUUUAAUUAUCAAGUUUCUAACGUCUUAUUUAUACAUGAAUGAAAUGUACUCACUUGCUAUUACUCCUUGAUGAUGCUAUACAAGUUCACUGUUUAAUAUACAUAGAGUAACGACUAUUCAGUUUCUGAUUAAAUUUACUUAAACUUUAAAACCAAAUAGUUUUGCUACUAUAAAGUCUUGCACUGGACAUAUUCAAGAUGAUAGCACCAUAUUUUGGCAGGAAAAAAACAAAAACAACAGGUACCAUCCAUCAGAAGAGGCUAACUGUGAAAUUUAGUACAGUAUUUUUAAAAUCAGCUGUUAGCCUUGUUGUUAAAGCAGCACUCUUUAUAUCUUGGAUUUAGUUCAAUCAAAAUAACUAUGUAUCAAGAGCCAUUAAAGAUCUCUGUUUUGAAGGAAUAUAUUUUCACUUCAUCUGAAAGAUCUGAGAGUUUGGUCGGGACAAAACCAAGCCUUGUCAGUGAAAAGUGAUGUGUCUAUGAAAAGAAUUACUUGGAAGUACAGUACACAGAGUAAUUCAGAUGUGAAUUGAACUCCCUUCCCCCUUUUUGAAGAGCUUUAAAAGGCAGAGUGAAAUGAAGUCAUUUGUCUGCUGGCUUCGUUAACCGAGCCUCUGCUAUUCUUUGUUGUAUGUAUAAUAACACUUCAUGCUAUCCCUAGAGUUGACAGUUAAAAUAAUUGAUAACAAUCAUAAAUACUUUGACCUGCAGACCUAAUUUCUGACCACAAAAGAAGUUUAUUCUUCUCUAUUUUAAUGCAUAUAUUUUAACACUGCUUAAAUAUAUUUAUGACUUUAGUAGAGACUAGACUUUUCUCUUUAAGAUUUUUUUUUUUUUUUCAGAUAGAUAAAUCUGUAUUCUGAAGUUUGGAACCACUUUCUGAUACUUUAACCUUUCAUCAUUUGCUUUUCCACAGGUUUACUUUGGGGAAACAGUAAUCUGUUAAAUAUCUAGUAUCAGCACCCUGUCCUCUGCUGUAAAAAGCCUGAUUAGAUACUGUGUAUGUUUUUAUGUCCAUGAACUUGAGCUACUCGUGUGCAAUUAUGUGUAUGGGAAUGGAGUAGUGUUCAUGAUCUGUAUUUACAUCAUCAUAUGGAUGUAUAUUUAUUAAUAAAGUUAAUACUUUAAAACCUAA